AAACCAGCACGUUCAUUCAUCAGGUUAGUAGUUCCGUGUUGUCGAAUCGAAUCAGGGAUUCCUGCCAUUGAAUGAGCACUACGAUCAGUAGAGAAAAAUGUGUUUGAAUUUAUCGAAUAAAUGACUUAUGUAUAAAGCAUAGUAUAAAAAGUAUGCUUUCUCAUACGUGCAUUUCGUGUCGUGUGACGUUUGCUGAUGGUGAUACUCAGAGGGCACAUUAUAAAAGCGACUGGCACCGUUAUAAUCUAAAACGAAAAGUAGCUGAGAUGCCUCCAGUAACGGCUGAAACGUUUCGUGAAAAAGUACUGGCACAAAAAGCGGAGAUGAAAGCGUCAGCAGCUCAAAAGCCAUCCCAACACUGCGAGGUUUGUAGUAAAGAUUUUUCCUCAGAGAACGCUUUCGCCAAUCAUUUACAUUCAAAGAAACACGAAGAACAAUUGGCGAAGAAAAGUAUUCACGCACCUAUAAAGUCUGUAGAACAUGUGGAGAAUGAAAGAAAUGUCAAAAAAUCUGUGUGCUCAGUGUCAUCUGACGAAGAUUGUGAUGACGAAAGCCUUGAAACAACUCAGUGUUUGUUCUGUCCGCAUUUCAGCAAAACAUUUGAAGACAAUAUGAGACACAUGACAAAAUCACACAGCUUUUUUAUCCCUGAUAUUGAAUAUGUGACUGACAUGGAAGCUUUGAUAGGUUACCUGGGAGAGAAGGUUGGACUUGGCAAACUUUGCUUGUACUGUAAUGGGAAAGGGAAGACAUUUUACUCCAUUGAAGCAGUUCAGACCCACAUGAGAGAUAAGGGACACUGCAAGUUACAUUAUGAAGGUGAUGCUGUUUUGGAAUUUUCAGACUUCUAUGAUUUUACCAGCAGUUACCCAGAUGGCAAUAUUCUUCUUGAUGGUGACUCAUCUGAAGUUUUUGCUGAAGAAAUUGCAUUGUUUAUAUCAGAGAAAACUGGUGAAUUGUGCUUAUCUUCUGGGGCAAAAAUAGGGCAUAGGUCAUUAAAGAAUUACUACAAGCAAAAUCUCAAACCAGAACAGGUUAAACAAAAUCAAAUUGUAGUACGAGGGCUCAUGUCAGAUUAUGACAGACUUGGUUGGCAAGGAAACAUAUCAAAAGCAAAUCGACUGAAAAUUCAAAAUUUGAAAAUGAAGAGCAGUUACCAGAAAAAACAGACACUUAAACUUAAUGUCAAAUCAAAUAAGAUGCAAACACACUUUAGAGAGCAAGUUAGGUAUUAAUUUGGAACUCUAAUUGCAUUAAACUUUCAAAGUAAAGGUAUAGUGAAAGUUUAUGUUAUAUCACUAAAUUUUGAUUCACAUGUAAAGACAUGGUACAAAAUUUUUAUCAUUAGAACGAUUGAUUGAGCACAAAUUGUAAAGGCAAUUUUUGAAUUGAAAAAACUUUCUAUGUAAUAAUUAUUUACAUUGGUUGAUGCCAUAUUUAAUGAAGAAUAACUGAAAUGAAACUAAAGAUAUUCAAAUUAUUUAAAGAUACUACACCUGACAGGUGUCACCUGUUAGCCUGAUAUACAAUUGUACACCUUACUGAUAUUAGCCAGUCACCCAACAGGUAUUGUUAAAUGUUUUUUGCAUUCAUUCCUGUUUGCUACGUUGAUAAACAAUAAAUCAAAUUAUAACUUGAAA